UAUCCUAAAACCCCUCCCCUUGCACUCAGUCACUCUCUCUCUCUCUCUCUCUCUCUCACUCUCUGAGAGCUUCAACAACUACAGCUAACACUCCUACUCUUAUCCGAUGGCUUCACUUUCUCUCCCAACCAAAAUUUUCCUCUACCCAAAUAGCCCCUCCAUCCAAUUCCAAUCCCAACACAGACCCCCCCAGAGACUCACUUUUCCCAGAAACAUAAAGAUCAUAUGCUCAGCCACAGAGCAACCACAACCACAACCACAACAACAACAACCCAAGAAGAAGAAGAAGAAUGAGACAGAAAGCGAGAAAGGAGUUGACCCAGUUGGGUUCCUCACCAAACACGGCAUUUCCCAUAAAGCAUUUGCUAUUUUCCUCCGUGAAAGACAUAAAGCGUUGAAGGACCUUAAAGAUGAAAUUUUCAACCGUCACAUCAAUCUCAGGGACAUGGCUUCUGGAUUUGAAAUAUUGGGUAUGCAUCGUCACUUUGAACAUCGGGUGGAUUAUAUGGAAUGGGCUCCAGGUGCUCGCUAUUGUGCACUGAUUGGUGAUUUCAAUGGCUGGUCACCAACUGAAAAUGCUGCAAGAGAGGGUUUUUUUGGCCAUGAUGAUUUUGGAUACUGGUUUAUUAUUCUUGAAGAUAAGUUGAGGGAGGGAGAAAAACCAGAUGAACUCUAUUUUCAACAGUAUAACUAUGUUGAUGACUAUGAUAAAGGUGACAGUGGUGUGUCAAUUGAUGAGAUCUUCAAGAAAUCAAAUGAUGAUUACUGGGAACCUGGAGAGGACCGAUUUGUUAAUAACCGUUUUGAGGUGCCAGCAAAGUUAUAUGAGCAACUAUUUGGUCCUAAUGGACCCCAAACUUUAGAGGAACUGGAAGAAAUACCAGAUCCAGAAACAAGAUACAAGGCAUGGAAAGAGCAGCAUAAAAAUGACCCACCUAGUAACUUACCUCCUUAUGAUGUGAUUGAUCAAGGAAAAGAGUAUGACAUAUUUAAUGUGGUUAGCAGUCCUGAAUGGGUGAAGAAAGUUUUUGCUAAGAAGCCUCCCUUGGAAUACUGGUUAGAGACACGUAAAGGAAGGAAAGCAUGGUUGAAAAAGUACACUCCAGGUAUUCCUCAUGGCAGCAAAUACAGGGUGUAUUUUAACACUCCUAGUGGGCCAUUGGAACGGGUGCCUGCUUGGGCUACUUAUGUGCAACCAGAUAUAGAUGGAAAGCAAGGCUUUGCGGUCCACUGGGAACCACCACCUGAAUCUGCAUACAAGUGGAAAAACACACCCCCAAAAGUGCCAAAGUCCUUGCGCAUAUAUGAAUGCCAUGUUGGAAUUAGUGGAUCAGAGCCAAAAGUAUCUUCUUUUAAUGAUUUUACAGAAAAGGUCCUUCCGCAUGUAAAAGAAGCUGGCUACAAUGCAAUCCAGUUGUUUGGAGUUGUUGAGCACAAAGAUUAUUUUACUGUUGGUUAUAGAGUUACUAAUUUCUAUGCUGUUAGCAGCCGAUAUGGCACUCCUGAUGAUUUCAAGCGCUUGGUAGAUGAAGCACAUGGACUAGGACUGCUGGUUUUCUUAGACAUUGUCCAUUCCUACUCAGCUGCAGAUGAGAUGGUUGGACUGUCACUAUUUGAUGGAUCAAAUGACUGUUACUUUCAUACUGGUAAACGAGGGCAUCACAAAUACUGGGGUACAAGAAUGUUCAAAUACGGUGAUCCUGAUGUGCUGCAUUUUCUUCUCUCAAACCUGAACUGGUGGGUUGUGGAGUAUCAAAUUGAUGGCUUCCAGUUCCAUUCACUCUCAUCAAUGAUGUAUACGCACAAUGGUUUUGCUUCUUUUACUGGUGACUUGGAGGAAUACUGUAAUCAAUAUGUUGACAGGGAUGCAUUAUUAUACCUUAUUUUGGCAAAUGAGAUACUGCAUGUUCUUCAUCCAAAUAUAGUAACAAUUGCUGAAGAUGCCACUUUUUAUCCUGGAUUGUGCGAGCCUACUUCUCAAGGUGGAUUGGGAUUUGACUAUUACGUUAAUCUUUCUGUGUCAGAGAUGUGGUCAUCUUUUCUUGAGAAUGUCCCUGACCAUGAAUGGAGCAUGAGUAAGAUUGUGAGCACAUUAAUGGGCAAUAAACAACACGCAGAUAAGAUGCUUAUGUAUGCUGAAAACCACAAUCAAUCAAUAUCUGGAGGGAAGUCAUUUGCAGAAAUAUUGUUUGGUGAAAGCAGGGAGGAUUCUCAGGGUUUGAAGCAAUCAUUGCUUAGAGGGUGUUCCUUACACAAGAUGAUCAAAUUGAUUACAUUUACAAUUGGUGGGCGUGCUUAUAUGAACUUCAUGGGUAAUGAAUUUGGGCAUCCAGAGAGGGUUGAGUUCCCAAUGGCAAGCAACAAGUUAUCAUUUCAACUUGCUAAACGUCGCUGGGAUCUUUUGGAGAAAGGCGUGCAUCGUGAUUUAUUUUCCUUUGAUAAGGACUUGAUGAAGUUGGAUGAAAAUGAGAGAAUUCUUUCAAGAGGUUUACCAAACAUUCACCAUGUUAAUGACACUACCAUGGUAAUAUCUUACAUGCGAGGUCCUCUUCUCUUCAUAUUCAAUUUUCAUCCAACAGAUUCUUAUGAACAAUACAAUGUAGGUGUAGAGGAAGCUGGAGAGUAUCAAGUUGUAUUAAAUACUGAUGAAACAAAGUUUGGAGGUCAAGGGCUUAUUAAGGACAACCAAUAUCUUCGAAGAACCAUUAGCCGAAGAGUUGAUGGCCUCCGAAAUUGCUUAGAAGUGUGUCUGCCGAGCAGGACUGCCCAGGUUUACAAAUUGAGUCGGAUCUUAAGAAUAUGACCAAAUUUUCACUCUAAAAAGUAACUUGCACGGCAGAGUUCCAGGCUAUAACAACAUCUUGUUCAUUGAGCGCACAUACUUGUAUCUCUGAGAAAAAAACAAGGAAUUAUGGGAAUUGAAUCAGCUUACGAGAAAAGAAGCACUCCACCUGCCAAAUCUCCACCUGUUUUUGGUCAUUUUUGAAUGUAUAGAAUAUACGAAUUGACAUUCGCUGACUACUUUGGACUCUUGGAAGCUUUGCUACAAUGAUAUGGGAUAUUGAUCUUAUACCUGCCCAAGUUUACACAACUAAUGAUCCUGCCACAUGGAGAAAUAAUUCAUUUGAAACAGCCAGAUUGGAGUUUUUAUUGUGUAUGCAAUAGUAAAUUAGGUAGGACUGAAUUCAAAUUUCAAGACAAGGUAGUGUUUGAGAGGCAGACAUGGGUAUGAACAUUGUAAUAUGAUAUAUACUAGCAUAGAAGAGAGGGAGAUGCAUGUGUAGGGCUUAUUGUUGUUUGGACAAAGAUUAGUUCUAAACAAGUUUGAAUGAAUCUCUUGUAACUCAAUUCGUGAUGAUUUAUAAAACCAUUUAUGUAUAUUAUUUAAACAAA